AAGCUGCCGGACAUCGGUGGCUUCUACUGCAACAUGAGCGACGCAAAUCACAAUCAGCCUGGCCCUGAUCCGUCACAAUCAGAAUACGUUCAGAGCGUUUUCGCCUUUCAAAUGGAGCCCAUUGACCCUGCCUUGACGGCGGGCCAGUCCAAUACCCCUCUGCGACCGACCGCGCAGCCCAUCCAGUCUCAGUCUUUUCCUAACAACUUGGGGCAAAUCCAGAGCUCGACCUCUCUUCCCAAUCACCCUUCUCACCAUUCAGGUGGUAUAGCAGCCCAGAACAAUCCUAAUAUGAGAGUCAUGGGAAAUGGGAACGGUAUGGCGCCUGCUCAAGGAUCAGCCUUCAACCCACAGUCGCCGUCUGUUUGUUUUCAAAGUCGCCCACAGCCGUCCGUUGAUCAGUCCAUGGCAGCGACCCAAGCCAACUUGCACAACAACAUGGUCAACCCGGGGGCGCAGCAGGCCGCUCAACAACCUCAACUAUCGUUCAAUGAUUACUUGGACUACGCCGCCGCGCCCAUGCCACAAUAUGCGCUUUACCAACAGCCUGUCAAUGGAACGAUGAAUCAGUACCUAGGCCAAGUUCCGUCGUCGUUCGAUUUCUCAACUAUACCUGGCGCUGCCAGCCACUACAACAUUGGCAGCUUUCACAACAACAACAACAACAACAACAACAACAACAAUAACAACAACAACAACAACAACAACAACAACAACUCUUCUUUCCGUCCUAACAGCAUGCCUUCAGUGCAGUCACAGGCUGCUCAACCUCCGACCAUCUCUUUAUCAGCGGAUGCGCUCUCCCGUGCUGCGGAGUCUAUGAACAGCCAAGUCGCUGCGGAGACUGCGAAAAAGAGGACCUCAAAAAGUGCCACGAGCCAGAUACCUCUACCUGACAAAUCCCAAGAAGCAAACCCCGCCCAGCCUGCGAAGCGCAAGAGGAAUUAUGCUCCACGCAAGCCAAAGGUCGAGGGAACAUCUGACCCUACAGCUCCUAAAGAGCCUCCGAAGAAACGUCAGAGGACGCAAAAAAAGAAGACAGAAACUACCGCACCUAUCGGUUCGGAGGCCACUGCUCCCGUUGCACCGAUGGCUUUUAUGCCGACAGCGACGUCUACACCAACAAUUACCCCAGCCCUCUUGUCCACAAACUAUCAUGAAGCUUCUCCAGGUACGCCGUCUAUACUAUCAGCUUCAGAAACAGCCACUCCAACCCCAUCUAGUGGGCUUCCGACAAGCGCAACUAUGCCUGCUGUUGAACAGGCCAUUAUGGCUAUAGAAACAUGCCAGCCUACACAGAGCUUCAGACAGACAACAGGAUCGGCCACAUCUGUCUCUUACGCCCCCCAUAAGCAAGUGGCCCAGCUUUCUUCCCAGGCGCCGAUCUUCAACAUGGCUCCCCCGUCGCCCAUUCAGGUCCCGUCGGAAUUUGUUGCGGCGGCUAAUUCUGCACCGAUCCCAAUCUUGAGGUCUACACCACCAGUUCAAGUGAUAAAUCAAACUCCGGCUACGGGUAUUCCAAAACCAGUCUCCGCUAUAUCUAACAAAGUCUCGCCUGUUCCUGUUCCGAGUAUCCCUACCGUUGCGAAAGUCCCAUCUGUGUUUCCGCGACAAGCUCCAGGUACCGCCCAAGCUUCAACUCAAGCUUUUCCUCCAGGUCCAGCUCGUACUCCGGCACUAGAUCCUACCCCGGCACCCACUCCGACUCCUACUCCUGCUCGAGUUUCUCCUCAACAUCCGGUUCAACCUUCCAAACAGGAUAUCGUUGGAGCUUCAGUCCAGAGGACUCCUAGUGCGGCCUUUACUCCGUCUCCUUCUCCAGCUCCCACUCGGCCUCCUCCCCAGUCUUUCACUCAAGGACAGACUCAGCCUCCUGCUCAACCUCCGCUUAAACCUUCCACCUAUAUGGCGCCCCAGUCUGUCGGUCAGCAGUUAACUCAACAAGCAGUUCACCAACAGGCUCAGCAAGCUGUUCAGAGGCCAGCUCAACCAGCCGCUCAACAAGUCGCUCAACAGCCAGCUCAGCAUAUUGAUCAGUAUGAUGUUCAGCGUCAGGCUCAGGCGCCUGUUCAACAUCAAGCUCAGGCUGCUGCGCAAAAUCGUGUAUCUGCUCAGCCUGCUAUUCAACGUUUAUAUCAACAUGCUGUUCAGCAGCCAGCUAAGCCACAGGCCCAGCAAAAGGCCCAGAAGCAAGUUCAACAACAGGCUGCGAAACAACAGACUCAGCAGCAACACACCCAGCAACAGUUUUCACAACAAGCUCAACAGCAAACCCAGAAUGGUGUUCCGGUUCUAACUCAGCAUGCUCUUCAACAUCAAACUCAACAGCAAGCUCAGCAUGCCCCUCAACGACAGGCUCAGCAACAGGCCCAGAAUGGCGUUCCGAUCCUAGCUCAGCAUGCUGUCCAACAUCAAACUCAGGCUGCCGCCCAGAUUCCAACUCCGCAUACCACUCAAACCCCAACCGGGCCUUCCCCUAAUCCCUCAACUCAGCCAGCACCAGUACCCUCACUCCCCAAUGUGAACACCGAAAGGCUGGCAAAGCCAGUAACUCCCACAAUCAUCUCCCCCCAAGCCGACACCGACCUCUACUGCGUCUUUGGCAUGCACACUCUCCACCACUUCCGCGUGCGCCGCAGCACGCUUAAACACCUGCACCACCCAACCACCCUCACCACCUCCCCCUUCCCCAAUAUCGUGUACAUCAACUUCAACGAAGCGCUCACCGUCCCGGGCGGCACCCCGACCGAGCUCGCCAACGCCCCCGGCGAAACCGCCGACUCGCACAUGCAGGCUUUUGGCCGUUUACUCCGCCUCCUCGAAGACCCUGCCACACAGGGCAAAACAGCCUGCGACGUCGACACCAUCUGGCGCUUAUCCAACCUGCAGCCGGCGCUGGGUUUAGACAAGGAGUACGUGCGCUGGCUGAGACGGUGCAUGGGGUUGUUUAUCAAGCAGGUUACUUUGCCUGUCCCGGUGCCUGUCACCAUGGCUGGUCAAGCCAGCGGCGGCGGACACAAACAGAAUCUGAAUGGGAACCACGCCAUGGGAGAGGAUCUAUUUGAGGAGCGUGAUAUGAAGGGGGUGGAUCUGAAGAAGAAUAAAUGGGAGAAGGCGUUGGAGGCGUGUAGGAAGUUUACGUGGAUCGUGGAGUGGAGGACGUUGGUGGCGAGGUUGGCGUAUCUGUGUAGCGUGGAUAAAGAUGCGGGAGGACGGUUCGUGUUGAAGAAGCCGGGUGGUGGUGCUAGUGGGGGAGGGGUAUUGAAUAGGUUGUUGGUUGGGGAGGAGACUAUUGAUGCCAUCGUCAACACCAGAACCAAAGCCUGCCAGUAUCUAACGGACGUAGCUGAAAAUACGUGCAAGAACUGGCAUGGUCGUAUCAAGAACGGCCAACGCAACGGCGGCUGUCGCAGCAGGCUGUGUAUGGAAAAGCGCAUGGCCGGUUUGAUACAGGUCGUCAAAGGCUUGGGUUUGCAUAUUCCCAAGGAAACCACAACCAUAACCGGCGGAUCCAACCUAGAGGCACAAUUCCAAGCCCAAACCCAACCCACCACAACCAACGGCAUCGAAUCCACCUUCCACGGUCAAGGAACUAAAAUGACCAUCGGCCUCUCCAUCCACUCCGUUGUUGACAUCCUCAAAGCCAUUGAGCAUGAGCGUCGCGGCAGGUACCGCUUCGCGGACGCCAUGAUUCAGCAGUUUGGCGGAAAAUGCUACGACUGCAUGAAGGGUUCGGCGUUCGGACCGGGCGAGCUUAACCCGACCAACUCGCUGUUUCCUAUCAUUGACUUGCUGUAUGAAAUGCUAUGGGAGUUGAGGGUCAAGUUCCUUGAGUGGACGGAGUUUCCGUGGGCAGAAAAGAUUGUGCUCACCCUUGGGGGUGUUGAGGGGGUUGAGGCUGAGAAGAUGCAAGGCAGAUUGCGGGAUGUUGUGGGCGGCAGUAAGGCGGUGGUUACCACUAAGGAUGGGAUGGAGCCCGUUUCUGCUUCCUAAGAUAGAGGUAUGUUCGUUUGUGUGGAGUAUCAGGUGCAGUGAAAAGAGGCGCAGAGAAAAGAAUUGGCGUUAUAGGCUAUACACCCGGUUAGCAUUGGGUGCUUUUGUGCCGGUUUGGCUAGGAUUUUGGCCAGAAAACGCUUGACUAUGGGUUAUGUGGCAGGGAAAAGGGUUUCAAGCAGAAUUGCGGCAUCCAAGCAUGUCAUGAAAGGGAAAUGAUGGCGUAUACGGUUGUUUUUUGACAUUGAAAGUCUACGCAUAGCCCGGCGUUUAGUUGUUCAACCUUCUUUAGUCUGCAAUUAUCAACCCAGCGUUGAAAGAUACCACAGCUCUGUUUGUAG